AGACAAGUCGACCUCGUUGCUUGAAACCAAGAUCAUAUGGACAAGACCACCAUCAAUCUUCCCCUCUCCAAUUCCACCUCAGACCAGGGCGCGACACCAACUCUUUUGUGCCAGAAGACAAUCUUGUUGUACUCGUUACCAGGUGACGCCCGCAAGAUACGACCAGGUCUCGAUCUCUCUCCACCUUAUCUCUGCCACUCUCGUUUCCGUAGCCUAGGACAACAGCAGUCGUCAUCAACGAGUCUCCUCCCUCGCAUAUGGCCAUCUGUUGACAUUGACUUCGAACCUCGGCGCGCGAAUAUCAACAAACUCUCCUUGUCCGAGCGAAGAAGCAAACAAGUCUAACGACUACAAACGCUUACUACGGCGUGCCAAGAAGAACCACCAAUUAUACACUCGACUAAACCACGAAUUCACGCGACACCACUUUACACGCUUCGAACCGCCGCCGCCCAAAAUGUCCAAUACCGACUUCCUCGGCCGCGCCAUCGAGCAAGUGCGCAAAGCCAUCGAAGCCGACAACGCCGCCCAGUACGACAAAGCCUACCAGCUGUACUACCAAUCGCUCGAACUCUUCAUGCUCGCCCUAAAAUGGGAGAAGAACCCGAAAUCUAAGGAGAUGAUCCGGGCCAAGACGGGCGAGUACAUGGACCGGGCCGAGAAGCUCAAAGCGCACCUGGCGGACGCGGAAGCGAAGCGGAAGAAGCCCGGAAUGGUGGGCGCGAACGGGGGGUCGACGGGCGGGACGGGGAAGGGGAAGGAAGCCGGAGAGGACGGCAAUGGCAACGGAGAAGCGUUGGAUGAGGAUAGCAAGAAGCUGAGAAGUGCGUUGGCGGGCGCGAUUCUGCAGGAACGGCCGAACAUCAGCUGGGAUGAUGUGGCUGGUCUAGAGGGUGCCAAGGAGGCGCUCAAGGAGGCGGUCUUGUUGCCGAUCAAGUUCCCGCAUCUGUUCCAGGGGAAGAGGCAGCCGUGGAAGGGUAUUUUGCUGUAUGGCCCACCGGGAACAGGAAAGAGUUAUCUGGCGAAGGCGGUUGCAACGGAAGCGAAGAGCACGUUCUUCAGUGUGAGCAGUUCGGAUUUGGUGAGCAAGUGGAUGGGUGAGAGUGAACGUCUAGUCAAGCAACUCUUCGCCAUGGCCCGAGAAAACAAGCCCUCGAUCAUCUUCAUCGACGAGAUCGACGCCCUCUGCGGUCCGCGCGGCGAAGGCGAGUCGGAAGCCUCGCGCAGGAUAAAAACCGAACUUUUGGUCCAAAUGGACGGCGUCGGUAAAGACAGCAAGGGCGUGCUGAUCCUAGGCGCGACCAACAUCCCCUGGCAGCUGGAUGCUGCUAUCCGUCGCCGCUUCCAGCGCCGCGUGCACAUCACUCUGCCGGACCUGGCGGCGCGCACCACCAUGUUCCGGCUGGCUGUAGGCGACACCCACACGGCCCUCAAAGCGGAAGACUUCCGCGAGCUGGCGCGCGCGGCGGAGGGUUAUUCGGGUUCGGAUAUCAGUAUUGUUGUGCAGGAUGCGUUGAUGCAACCGGUGAGGAAGAUUCAGCAGGCUACACAUUUCAAAAAGGUGGUCCACGAAGGCAAACAAAUGCUCACGCCUUGCUCGCCAGGCGACCCCGACGCCAUCGAAAUGACGUGGGAGCAGGUACCCUCGGACGAGCUGCUCGAACCAUUUGUCGACAAGAAGGACUUUAUCAAGGCCAUCAAAGCCAGCAGGCCGACUGUGUCGGGCGAGGAUCUCAAGAGGAAUGAGGAAUGGACAAAGGAGUUUGGUAGUGAGGGUGCGUAG